UUAAAAAAUUAGGAAACGUGUUCAGCUGUUCAGUUAACGGUGUUGUUCUCGGUGAUAAGUUUUGGCGUGAAUCUGCGAUGUUUUUUUAUCUGUAAUUAGUAUAAAAAUAUUCGCGAUUUAUUAUUUAUUAUAUCACGAAGAUGGUUAGAUUAAAGUCGCUGAAUUUCAAUACAUGAAUAAACAAUCCCAUGUAUUUGAAAUUCAUUUCAGCGAAAUUUCAAUUGCAACCGAUCGUACAUCAAAUUGGAUAAAUACGCGAGUGGAUUCUACGUCAAAACUAUUCCAUCUUAAACCAAGUUGACCAGACGAAAGACAUCGAAGAACAACAAGCUGCUAAUUUUCGAACAAAACCUGUAAAUAUUUCGCGAACAUCACAAUUUUUCCACUCCAAAGUACAUAUACUAUAAAGACACUUCUACUUAAACCAUCAUCAAAAUAAGUCAACAGACUGGAAUAAAAUUGAACGCAGACCUACUUAAAUUUUUUUCAUUCCACUGCCAGUAUUUUUUUUCCACAUCAGAGCUGCCGAUUAGAAAAUUAUUUUUUAAUGUCGCGAUCGAAUUACGGAUAUGGCGCGAAAUCAGUUUGCCAAUAUCGUCAUGAUUAUACGUAAACUUUCUACUUAAUCGAUCGUCGAGGGUUUUAUUUUUAUUUUUUAUUAUUUUAUAUCUAUCGUCUUGGUCUUGCCAUCUCUCGUGCCCCCCUUUUUUUUUCUUCUUCGACGGUGUUCGUGCUGCGGUUAUAUUAUUAUUAUUGUAUUUUAAUUUAUUAGAGUUUUUUUAUUUUAUUAACGUAAAUUCGGAAUACGAUGCGUUUUGCUUAUCGAUGUGUUCCUCGACGGAACUAUGUGCUGGAGUACUUAUUCGACGUACUCAAAGUGUAUUUGUUUUUGUGCGUAUGCGUAUGCGUGGCCAAAAGACAACCGCUUAUUUAUAUGAAUCAAUUUGCCGUCCAUGUGCCGACCGGACAUGCUGAUGCUGAUCAUGUCGCCUCGACUCACGGGUUCCAGAAUUUAGGACAGAUUGGAAGCUUGAAAGGAUUUUACUUAUUUGAACACGCUCAUGUUCACAAACGAUCAACCAGUGCCAGCGAUACCCAUCACGAAUUAUUAAAGAAUCAUCCACUGGUUCAUUGGGUGGAACAACAACAUGAAAAGAAACGAAAAAAGAGAGAUUUUACAUCAUUCGAUAAUACAGGACCUGUAGUAGAUUACAGUUAUUAUGAUCCGACAGGGCUUCAAAGACAACUGGGGCCAUUGGGACAUUAUCGAGGUCCUAGUCAACAUAAUGUGUUUCCAGAUCCGUUAUUUAAAGAACAGUGGUAUUUGAAUGGCGGAGCUAAAGAUGGGUUCGAUAUGAACGUUGGGCCUGCUUGGCAAAAAGGAUACACCGGUAAAGGAGUCGUGGUCUCGAUUCUGGACGACGGGAUCCAAACCAAUCAUCCGGAUUUGGCGUUGAAUUACGAUCCUCAAGCCAGUACAGAUAUCAACGAUAACGAUGAUAAUCCGAUGCCCAGAGAUAACGGUGAUAACAAGCAUGGCACCAGAUGUGCCGGAGAAGUGGCUGGAGUAGCUUUUAAUCAGUAUUGCGGUGUUGGAGUUGCCUAUAAUGCCAGUAUUGGGGGCGUACGAAUGUUGGAUGGUACGGUGAACGAUGCGGUGGAAGCUCGAGCCCUUGGCCUGAAUAUAAAUCAUAUCGAUAUUUAUAGCGCCUCUUGGGGUCCAGAAGAUGAUGGUAAAACAGUAGAUGGUCCGGGUCCAUUGGCCAGGCGAGCUUUUAUUUACGGCGUCACAUCGGGUCGUCAUGGUAAAGGCUCGAUAUUCGUGUGGGCUUCUGGCAACGGCGGAAGACACACAGAUUGUUGUAAUUGCGACGGUUACACUAAUAGCAUUUUUACCUUGUCUAUCUCGAGUGCCACGCAAGGCGGAUAUAAACCAUGGUACUUGGAAGAAUGUGCUUCCACGCUGGCUACCACAUACAGCUCAGGUACUCCUGGCCAUGAUAAGAGUAUAGGUACAGUAGACAUGGAUGGCCGUCUUCGACCAGAUCAUAUUUGUACUGUGGAGCAUACUGGUACUUCAGCUUCAGCGCCAUUAGCUGCUGGUUUGGUAGCUCUGGCUCUGGAAGCAAAUCCUAAUUUGACUUGGAGAGAUAUGCAGUACAUUGUGGUAAUAACCUCAAAAUCAUUACCACUUGAGAAAGAAAGCGGAUGGGCUUUGAAUGGUGUCAAACGUAAAUUUAAUCACAAAUUCGGAUACGGUUUAAUGGACGGUGAAGCGAUGGUGAACUUAGCCGAACAAUGGACCAAUGUACCAAUGCAGCAUAUUUGUAAAUCUCAGGAAAUCAACGAAGACAGACCUAUAGAUUCGAAUCCAGGAAGCGUUCUUACGGCAUACAUGGACGUGAACGGAUGUCCCGGCACGUUGAACGAAGUCAGAUUUCUGGAACAUAUCCAAUGUAAAAUAUCGUUACGAUUUUUCCCUCGUGGUAAUUUGAAAAUCGACUUGACCUCACCGAUGGGUACCACUUCAACGUUGCUCUUCGAAAGACCCAGAGACGUUGUCAGUUCGAAUUUCGAUGAUUGGCCCUUCCUCAGUGUGCAUUUCUGGGGCGAGAAAGCCGAAGGAAGAUGGACGUUAAAGAUUCAUAAUAACGGAAAUAGACAUAUUAAUCAACCUGGUAUUCUGAAAAGAUGGCAGCUUAUAUUUUAUGGCACAGCGACGAAUCCUAUUCGUUUGAAAUCGAUACAAAGUCCAUCGCAGCCGAUUCCAUUUGCUAUUCAACAACCGCAAGCUCGCAGUAGUAGUUUCCCUUUCAAUAAUCAGUAUCUUCCGAGUAGCAACAUUGGCGAAAUUAUUAACCAACCUGGAUUUAGAAAUAUACCUGAUAUUUUUGCUAGUGGCAGCGAACCAGAGGGUUCCGUCGUAUCUGUAGCUAGUGAUCGACCAAACAGACCUGGACAAAUUAUUAGAUCGAUGGAAGGACGACGUAUUUUACACGAUUGUGAUCCCGAAUGUGAUCCUCAAGGGUGUUAUGGCAAAGGACCAACUCACUGUGUGGCUUGCAAACGUUAUAAAUUGGACAACACUUGUGUGAGCCGAUGCCCACCUCGUAGCUUCCCUAACCAAGGUGGCUUCUGUUGGCCUUGCCACGAAUCAUGCGAAACGUGCGCCGGAGCUGGUCAAGACAGCUGUCUAACCUGUGCCCCUGCUCAUCUUCGAGUCACCGAUUUAGCAGUCUGUCUGCAGCAGUGUCCGGAAGGAUAUUUCGAAAAUCAAGAAGAACGAACUUGCGUACCUUGCGAAUCUAAUUGCGCCAGUUGUCAAGAUAGACCGGAUCAUUGUACCUCUUGUCAUCAUAAUUUAGUACUCAGUGAUAAUAAAUGUCUGGCUACCUGUCCCCUCAAUACGUACGAGACCGAUUCGUACAGGUGUGAACCGUGUUCGCCCAAUUGCGAAACUUGUACCGGACCUUCGGAUAAUUGCACCACUUGUAAAAUUGGAUUUUUCGAAUUGGGCAAAAAGUGUUACGAAAAAUGCCCAGCAGGAUAUUACGGAGAUAGUAAACGAAGAGAGUGUUUGCUGUGUCCACCGAAUUGCCUGGAAUGUGAUACGACUGGUAUUAAAUGCAAAACUUGCAAAGAAGGUUAUGUGAUCGAUAGUGAUUUCGCCUGCGUUACCAUUGGAAGUGAAUUGUGUAAAAUUGGAGAAUACGCUGCACCUAACGACACUUGCUCAAAAUGUCACACAUCUUGCGAAACCUGCAGCGACGGUUCAGACUCAGGCUGCCUGAGUUGUCCUUCGGCUACUCUGCUUGAAUCGAAUAAAUGCGUCCGCGAGUGCUCGAGAGGAUUCUUCAAUACCAAAGAUGGAUGCACGCCUUGCAUGCAUACCUGCGAAGAAUGCAUAUCUCGAACCAACUGUAGCAAAUGUCGAUCUCCAUUAUUACUUCAAAGUGGAGAAUGUCGUACGAGCUGUGCUAAUGGAUAUUAUAACGAUCUGGGUAGCUGUGCCAAAUGCUUCCUGAGUUGUACGACGUGCAGUGGGCCGAGACGCGAUCAGUGUGUGACGUGUCCGAGAGGAUGGCAAUUGGCGGCUGGUGAAUGUCACCCGGAAUGUCCUCAAGGUUUUUUCAUGUCCGAUUUCGGUUGUCAAAAGUGUCAUCAUUAUUGUCGUACUUGUAAAGGCGAAGGACCUCUACAAUGUACGUCGUGUCCGCCGCAUUUCAUGCUAGAAAGCGGACUAUGCAUGGAAUGCCUCGGUUCGCAGUAUUACGAUCCACCUACUCAAUUAUGUAAACCUUGCCAUUCGUCAUGUACGGCGUGCGAUGGUCCUGGUGCAUUCAGCUGUAUAGCUUGUACAUAUCCGCUGCGUUUGGACAAAUCCAAUAAACAAUGCGUACCUUGUUGUACCGAAAGGACGACUACUGGUUGCUGUAACUGUGAUACUAAUAAUGGAGAAUGUAAAAAUACUGCGACUGCAGGCAAACGAAGAAUCGCAUCUCAGGAUGGAGAUACUGCUCUGGCGUUAUCGUCGCCUCAUAAAUUCUUCCUACAGCUGUCCGCUACCACUUUGAUAUCGGUUGGCUGCAUUGGUGCCAUUCUACUAUUUUUGUUAAUGUUUGCAUUCGUACAGAUUAAAAACAAAGACCCACGAGGGAACUACGAAAAACUGCUAGUUCAACGUCAGCGAUUAAACAGAAUACCUUACGAAGAAGACGAAGUCGAACAACAGACGUUAAUCGCCUCUACUUAAUUAUUUUUUAUACUCAUCGUAUCAAACGGUUUUCAUGUACUUCUCGAUACGUUCGAAUAACUUAAUUAUUGCUCUCACCAGUGGUCAUCUCGUGACCAUCGAAGAAGACGUCGUCGUCGCAAAUGGGACAUUCUCAAGAAAUUUUUAAAACUCUCUUAGAAAAAACGUAUAAUAAUAGGUAAUAAUUUUGUAAAUAAUAAGUUUCUAGCUACAUUUUACGACUCGAAUAAUAUUCAAAUGUAAAUGUGUGUGAUUUAUACUUACGAAUCUCAUUAUUCAUCUGCGAUCGCAUCGAAUAAGUCGAGAUUCAUAUUCGUUUCGCGUAUUUUUUUGUAUUGUAUAAAAAUGUUGAUUUUUUUUCUCUUUUUUUGAUUUCGUCGCCGUGUUUAUUUUAUGUUUUUAUUAUGCAUUGUGUUAUAUAUAUUUGUGAUUGUUUUAUUAUUUUUUUUCAAGUAUUUUUCCACCAGCAAUAAGAAUUUUUUUUGCGUGGAAGCUUUUUAAGAGUAGCGAAGUACGAUAAUCUAUCUCAGUCGAUUUUCAAAGUAUUACAAUUAUGUGCAAUAUUUAUAAGACUUGGCGUUUUAUUUUUAUUUUUUAUUCCUUCGGCGUAUAUUUUAUUAAAACAACCGCGUUGUGAAAAGUAUUUUUUUUUCGUUGUUUUAUAUUCUUCGGUUGGUAGUUUUUUUUUUUGUAUUUUAGAAUUUAAUUUUCGGUUCUACGUCAUUUAACAUCAUGGUUUUUUUUUCUCGUGUGGGAAAAGAAAGAGUUCACUACGCGCGCAAAUGUUUGCGAUAUUUUUUUUACUUAUAUUUUAUUAUAUAUUUUUAUGAACAGUUACCUUAUGUACUGACAUACAUAAAUCAAUAUCGUAAUUUUUUUCCUAUUUACGAAAGAUAAGUAUUAUAUCACAUUAUACCUAUUCUAUUUUUUUUCUUUUUUUGUAUAUUUUUAUUAUUUUAUUCUUUUUUUUUUCUUCUUCUUUACAUAUUAUUAUAAAUAUGUUCGGUGAUCGUUUAUUGUAAUAUUGUAUGUAAAUGUCACUAGCGUAAAGCGAACGAAUCAAAAUUACGUGUAAACAUCAUUGUGAUAGUUUUAUUCUACACAGGUGACAAAUGCUAUUUUUUUUUCUUUUUUACGAGACGAUAAAAAACUACCUAUGUAAACAAAAACUCGUAUAAUUUGAUAUCGGUAGAUUAGAGUUAUUUUUUUUGUAUUGUUUCGCUCAUCGCGUUUUUAUUUAUAGUGGUUUUUUGGACUUUUUUUUUUCUUAUUUUGUAUAGUCUGUAGGAGAAUUUUAUUGCGUAGGAAAUCAUCGAACAAAACAACGUUAUUGUGUAAUAACGAUAUUAAAUUAUAUGUAUUCCAAUUUUUUUCUUCUCUCUCUCUCUCUAUAAAUGUAAUAGCAUGUGUAUUAUUUGAUAAAAUUGUGUUAACUGUGUUAUAUAGAUUAAUUGAAUAAUUUAAAAUGAAAAAUACAAACGAGCAAAGAAAAAAUAUUAAAAAGAAAAAAAAUUU